CCACCAGUUAAUCUUUGCAGUGACCUCUCAGAGCAGUUCUUACCAUCCACUCCUGCUUAUGAUGAAUUUAUGGCAAGAGAAAGGUUAAAUUUCAUCCAGGGUCUCUCAAAAUGUUUUGGACACCAGCUCCACAGAAAUUCGCCGCUCCUCUCUCUCUUAUGAAGGAGACCUUGUUUCCAAAGUAUGAGAGCAAUCUGAUUAAUGGUGUUAUUUAUGAAGACUUUUCAUGUGAUCUUCGAGAUCAAGAAGUAUUAGAGUUUGAGGAGGACUUUGACCAUUUGCUUUCUACUCUUAAAAUCUGUAGAAGAAGCGCUUCCUCUCCAGGGCUUUUAGUUUCUGAAAGGGAAACAUUACAGGAGAACAUCACAGAAUGUGAAGUUCUGGUUAAAAGACCUCAUAGUGCACCAGAAUUAUCAUUCAGAGACAAAUCUGCUUUGAAGAUUUCUGCAAAUUUCAGAACCACUAUGGAAGAGAUAACUGUUAUGAAAAAACAACGUCUUUCAGUAGAUGCGGAAGCUACAAAGCCUGGCAUUUUAUCAACAAAGCCACAAAGCUCUCUUAGCCUUGAGAAAAGAGAAUCUGCCGCACACAAAAGUGUUCUUGUUGGUUCAGAUAAAGAUUCUGAUAUAGCUUUGGCAAGUACAUUCAAGCAAACAAAAGGUCUUUUCUCCUCUAGAGGACGAUCUGCAUCUAUUGCACCCACUCCAGCUCUUGAACCUAUAGAUGAAACUAAUCUGGCUGAAGAAUCUAGAAAAGCUGGGAUGAAGUACAUCGUUUUCCCAAGGAAAGCAUCAUACAAAAGGAGAUCAUUGAAAACAGCAGGGAAAUACAUUUCUGUUCAUAUAUUAGAAAGUGUUUGUGAGAAAUUAAGAGAACCUCCACAGAUUCUUAAAAGGUCUGCAUCUCUUGGAAAGCUUCCAAUUCACAAUAAAUUCUGUAUCAAAGUAUCUCGAGCAGUUCGAAGUUAUCGAAGUCCCAGCCUCCCUUGCUGGCUAGAUUUUGAAAAAUUUGCAGCAAGCCAAGGGAGAACCCCAGAAGACACAGAUGAUUAUCUUUGGGCCAGAAAAAUCUGGAAUAAAUGGUUUGAUGAGCAAUACCCUCCCAGUAGGCAAUCUUUUACUGAUAAAUCAAUGGCAGGCAAAAAGGACAUAGAGGAGGAAACCAAGGACACAGAAUUAGUGAACACAGUAAAUCCUCUUCUCUUUGAGGGAAAGCCAGAUGAACUUGAGCAGUGUCAAUCUGAAAUUGAUAAAAUAACCCAAGAAAUAGAUGAAGGAAAAUUUUCUGGGUUUAACUAUUGUAGACGUGGAGCAAUAUACAGGAAAAUAGGCAAAAUGAAGGCAGCCAUGGAUGACUUGGAAAAAGCAAUAAGUUUAGAACCAAUGCUGGUUAAUGCCUAUUGGCAUAGACAUUUAAUUUUCAUUUACCAGAACAAAAUGCUUCCAGCACUAGAAGACCUGAAUUUUAUAAUUAAGUGCAACAAAAACAAUGCAGAUGCAUAUCUGUCAAGAGCUGAAAUAUACAAAAAUCAGGGAGAUAAUUCAUUAGCAAUUAUCAACUACAGUCUUGCCCUGAAAUGCAGACCUACAGAUGAUGAAAUAUAUUACAAAAGAGCUGAGGCCCAUGAAGAGGAUGGUGAUAUAAUACUGGCGAUAGAAGAUUAUGCUAAAUGCCUUUUCUAUAAUCCCAAAAGAACUGAUGCACUUAUGAAGCAUGGAAUACAUUACUUUAAUAAAUCUAUAUGGAAUAUAGCUAUUAAUGAUUUUACAAAUGUGAUUAAACAGGAUCCAAGCAUUGCAGAGGCAAGAACCUAUCGAGGGAGAAUAUAUAUUAAACUAGAGCAGUAUAAAAAUGCAGCUGAAGAUUUCGCUGUUGCAAUUCACUUGAAUCCUAAUGAUUGGAUUGCAUACUACCACAGAGGUUGUCUUUUGCGAACGCUGGAUCCAAAACAAGCCCUGCAGGACUUGAGUGUUUCUGUUCUUCUCAAUCACAAGUUUGAGAAUCUUGCUGCUUUUCUUCACCGUGGGAUCUUGUAUUCAGAACUGAAACAGUGGUUACUGGCAAUCUGUGAUUUUGAAAGUGCACUCUCCUUGGACAGGAGCCUUUCCGUAGCUUACAUAAAUAUUGGACUGAUUUUGAUGUUAUAUAUGGACCGCUAUUUUGAAUCUAUUCGACAGUUCACUCAAGCCAUUCAGCUGGAUCCAUUAGAUAUUAGACCAUACAUGUGCAGAGCCCAGGCACAUCAAAGGGUUCAUGAUCUAAAGAGUGCAAUUAAAGAUAUAAACAGAGCCAUUCAUCUCCAGCCCAACUCACCCCACUUAUGCUUAACAAGAGGACAGUAUUUACUAGAGAUGCAGAAUUAUGAUCUUGCAAGUUUCUGCAUACACCAAGUUGCAGAAAUGGGUCAAGGACCCCUUGAAUGUUCGCUUGUUCAAGAAGCACUUGUUCAAUCAUUUUGUCAGAAUCACAACAAGGCCAUUGUGUGUGCGCUUGCAGCCUCCGAAAACCAACCUGAUUGUGCCAUGUUUGUUCUACUUGGAAAAAUCCAAAUGAAAGCCAAAAAAUAUAAGGAUGCUGUAGCCAGUUUUAAACAAGCAUUGAAGCGGCUGAUGGAUACUGCCGCUUCAAGAUCUACACCUAAUACAUUUGAAGCUGCAGAAAUAUAUUUUUUUAUGGGCCAGUGCUAUAUGGAGCAAGUCUCCUUAUUAGAGGCCUGUGACGCUUUUACUUCUGCUGUCAAGCUAUAUCCACGUUAUGCAGAUGCAUACUAUCAGCGAGGGCUUUGCAGAAUGCAGCUCCAUCAACCUAAGUGCAUAUUAGAUUUUAACAAAACACUUGCUGUUCAACCAGACCAUUUUCAGGCAUAUUUAAGCCGUGCUGCUUACUAUGGAUGCAAAGGAAGAUUCUCCAAGGGAAUAAUGAAUUGCAACGAAGCCCUCAGAAUUCAGCCUACAAGCGUGAGAGCCUAUCUUUCUAGAGGAGCACUGAAGUUUUAUAACAGGACUUACAAACAUGCCGUUGAAGAUUUAAGUAAAGCUAUAGACCUAGACAAUGGUUGCAUUUUGGCAUAUUACAAUAGAGCACUUUCUUACCACUGCUUGAAGGACAGCAAAAAUGCUUUGAAAGAUUAUGGGAUUGUUCUUCUUCUUGAGCCCAGCAAGGACAUUGUUCUGAAAGUGUUGAUCAACCGUGCCUUACUCUAUGUAGAUUUGAACCAACAUGCUAAUGCACUAGAGGACUUUGCAGAAGUAGCACUGAGUAAGCCAAAAGACGGUAAACUAUUUCAAAAUAUGGGACACUGCUGUCAUAGACUUCAGAAAUACGAAGAAGCUGUGCAGUCAUUUUCAAAGGUUAUUAAAUUAGAUCCCUUUUCUCUGGAUGGCUAUAUUGGACGAGGAAAUGCAUAUCUGGAAUAUGGUCAUGAGAAAGGUACCAGACAAGCCCAGAAAGAUUUCGCAAGAGCAAUACAUCUGAAUCCCUUGUGCAUAAAGGCCAGACUUUGUGCAGGAUAUAGUUUGCAGGCUCUUGGAAAGUUUCAGAAAGCUUGGGCCCAGUUUUCAGCAGUUCUUUAUAUUGAUCCCAAGUGUCACAUUGCUUAUGAUGGGCGGGCUGUAGUCUCUCUUCAGAUGGGCGAUACCUUUGCUGCCUUUCAAGAUACAAAUGCUGCACUCAAGGUAACUACAAGUGCAGAGCUGCUUACUAAUCGAGGUGUCAUUAACCAGUUUAUGGGAUAUUUAAACUGUGCCAUGAAAGAUUAUCAGCAAGCUAUCUCCAUUGACCCCAGCUAUGCUUUGGCAUAUUUCAAUGCAGCAAAUAUCUACUUUAACAACAGGCAGUUUUCACAGGCAAAUAACUAUUAUUCCAAGGCACUGAUGCUUGAUCCAACAAAUGAAUCUGCAUUCCUAAAUCGAGCUAUUACAAAUACACUGUUAAAGAAAUUUGAAGAAGCAAAAGCAGAUUUUGAGCAGGCAAUUUGCCUUUCUCCUUUCUCAGCAGCAAUAUAUUUUAACAAGGCAAAUCUCUACAGUACAUUGCAGGAAUAUGAGCAAGCUGAGGAAGCCAUUUCAAAAGCACUGUCAAUUCAGCCGUAUGAUUCCCUGAUGUUUAAACUCAGAGCUGAUAUUCGUGGCAAGAUGGGUUUAAUGAAAGAAGCUAUUGCUGAUUACAAGAAAGCUAUCAGUAUCCAGGAACUUAUCAGUGGGUGAAAAUAUAUUUUUGUGUAGAGUAACACGAUCGCCUGUAUUAGUUACUUUUCCAGUUUAUGUUGAAUACCAUUUAUCUUUUGUUACUGUAUAUACUGUUCAUACUAAUGUAUUGGUUGCAAAUUAUCUUAAAUUUUAACUGUGAAUGUCUGUACAUAUUUUAUUUACAUAACUGAAUAGGAAAGAUUAAAUGAAAAGAACAAUGAAAACAAUCACUUGACUAUAGUAAAGAAAAAAGCAGUUGACUUAUUAGAGAAAUGUAAAUGAUAACAUCUUUGUUUCUCCAUUUUUAAGGGCUAGAUUUGCUGAAACUUCUUUAGCUGAUUUUUCCUCUCAUUUAAUCAAUAUGUGAAUACUUAAUGUAUAAUAUGGAUAAAGCCGAAUACAAAUAAACAGCUAUAAUAAAAUG